UUCUAGUUCUGUCUGUGGGAGCAAAAAAAAAAAGCGCCGCAGGAGAACCGAUUGCAGCAAGGUGGGAGAGGGAAGGCUCGACGGCAUUCGCUCCCUUCUCUUGUGUUUGCCUUUCCGGCUGGAUUGCUUUCUCUGCUUCGCACUCCAGUGCAGAGGAGAGCGCGGGGCGGUGGGCAAGGGGGGCGCUUUGUCUGUGGAUUGUCGUCACUCCAAAAAUUAAAUAAAUAAAUUAGUAGCGGCGCCUUCGGAGCUGCCGACACAAAAGAUAGACUGGGGCGUCCAUCGUGCAGAAAAAAAGGAUCGAGAAGGCAGAAAAGGAAACCCGAAUCAGAAAGGGUAUACGUAAGUUUCCUUGGAGAAUGUGGCUGCACUAAUAGGAAUGUUAUCCCGGGAAGGGAAUCGGAUUUGAGGAGGAAGAGCAGACUGUCCUUUCAUUUGUGAUCGGUGGAAAACUGGAUCGUCUUUUUUCAUCCGUGUAUUUAAUGUAAACGCAAAGAAAUCUCAGCACAGGGAGCGAUUUUCAGAAUAAAUUCGUGUAUGCAUUCAUCCCAAAAUAUAACUUUUUGUGCAGGAUUUAUCUAUCGAUAAUGAAAUUUGGAAGCCGAUUUGACGUGGGAAUGAUCUGUCCAGGAAUUCGACCACGGCAACACAAGCACGAUGCUGGAACAGGAAACCAACACUGAGGAUAUAAUAUCAAAAACCACGGAGAGAAGGAGGAGGCGGAGGAGGGGGCGGGGGAGUUUUUUUUUUUCUUUAUUUCUCUUUUGUUUAGUUUUGAUUUAAAUUAAAUUGAACUGAAAUGAAACAGAAUUCAGGGUUUCCUCACUGCCCAAUUUUCAGAAGGGAAGCCCAGUGUGUGCAUCCGUUUGACGCGAAGAGGGGAUCUUUUCAUUACAUUGCAGAAGACAAGGCUUUUUAUUUCAUUUGAAUAUUGUCAGAAAAAAAUGAAUUAUGAUUUGAUUGAAUUCAUCAAAAAACUACAGGCGUGAUUUGUUCCCGGCUUCUUCUCUCUGGGACCUAACCGGGCAUAACAGUUUCACAUAUUCUGAACUGAUAACAAUUGCAAUACUAACGAUUUAAAGGAAAACCUUGUCAUCGAUUUGCUGUUUCGCUCUCUGGAAUACGCGCAUAGACGUGCAAGAAGCUUCCGAACUGAUUAUUCUCAUAGUAUUAUUUUUAAUAUCAUCAUCUUCACAAAGCGAGAUAAUUUUCUAUUUGUGUCCACCAUGGCAGCAGUUGUGAACUACUCACCACCCUGGUGGGCAAACUUGUUACACCGACUCCCACAUUUCAAUCUCCAAUUUGAGGCCAUCAGCAGCGAGUUUCGCCCCGAGGAUUCCGAAUAUCAAGAGUCACUCUUGUUGCUCGGAGGUGUGGCGCUAGCCUGCCUUGCCCUGGACCUCCUCUUCCUUCUCUUCUACUCUUUUUGGCUCUGCUGUCGCCGCAGAAAGAGUGAAGAACAAGCCAAUGCAGACUGUUGCUGCACUGCCUGGUGUGUCAUCAUCGCUACGUUAGUCUGCAGUGCUGGCAUUGCUGUUGGUUUCUAUGGCAACGGAGAGACCAGUGACGGCAUCUACCGGCUUUCAUACUCCCUGCGGCAUGCUAAUCGCACGGUGGCCGGAGUGCAGAAAUUGGUUACCGACAGCACUUCCUCUCUCAACCAGACUGUGGAGCUUGAUCUUCAGGAGCUGGAGAAGCAGUAUAAGAAGCAAUCGGAUUAUCUAUCCAUUGUUCAGAAGAUGCAGGGCCAACUGGAUGAGCUGGUGCAACAGGUGAUCGAGAUCCCCUUCUGGAGCAACAGUGACAUCUCUCUAGAACAAUUGGCAGUGAAAACGGAGCUUUACGACUGGUACAGGUGGCUGGCAUACCUGGGUCUUCUUCUGUUCGAUGUGCUCAUCUGCCUGCUGGUGCUGUUUGGACUAAUACGCAAUUCCAAAGGCACUCUUAUUGGGGUCUGCUUGCUGGGAGUUUUUACCCUGAUUAUCAGCUGGGGUUCGCUUGGCAUUGAACUGGCUGUCUCAGUAGGGUCAAGUGAUUUUUGCAUCUCUCCUGAUGUGUUUGUCACUAAAAUGGCUGAAGAGAAUGAAAUUAUCAGCAAAGAUAUUUUGCAUUAUUACUUGAAAUGUGGCAGCACUAACCACAUUAAUCCUUUUCAACAGAAACUGUCAGUGAGCCAUAAAGCCCUUGUAGAGAUGCAGGAUGACGUGGCAGAAUUGCUAAGGUCAGCUGUCAGAGAAUAUCCUCAGUCCAAGGGGCACCUGGAGCAAAUCCAGGGAGUCUUAAACACAACAGAAAUUGGCCUCCAUCAGCUUACAGCUCUGGUAGAUUGUCGCAGUUUACACAUGGACUAUGUCCAGGCUCUGACAGGUCUGUGCUAUGAUGGAGUUGAAGGCCUAAUCUACUUGGUCCUGUUCUCCUUUGUUACGGCACUUAUGUUCAGUUCCAUCGUCUGCAGCGUUCCCCAAACCUGGCAGCACAAAAGGAGUGAUGAGGAUGGUGAGGAAGAGUCCAUGGCUCAGGGGAACCGACAGACUCAUGAUAACCUGUACCGUGUACACAUGCCUAGUCUGUACAGCUGUGGAAGUAGCUAUGGUAGCGAGACCAGCAUUCCAGCUGCUGCACACACAGUCAGCAAUGCACCUGUCACAGAAUACAUGAGCCAGAAUGCAAACUUUCAGAACCCACGGUGUGAGAACACCCCACUGAUUGGCAGGGAGUCCCCGCCUCCUUCUUACACGUCUAGCAUGAGAGCAAAAUAUCUUGCCACAAAUCGGCCUGAUGCCAACAGUGCCGCCCACUAAGGAUCACAAACAUGCAUGCUUCCAGGAACAAAAGAGGGAUUCGGAAACAUCCAGCUUCCUUUGGAUAUCGACUUGGAUACCACCAGGCACAAUAUAUGUAUAUACAGUAUAUAGAGAAAAAACAAAUUUCAAAAACAAGUCCCCUUUGCCCAAGACUUGGAUGAUUGUGCUACUUCAGAGAACCAUACACGGGAAGAGCCAGAUCAGUCCCAAAUGGGUACUUUUGCCACAUGCGAGGGUUUGGUUGGCCUCACAUAGCGCCAACAUUUCAUUGAAACCUCUUGACUGCCAUGAUCUACUGUACAGAUGUGUGUGAUUUUAUUUUGUUUCUCUUUUUUUCUUGUUCUUAACCAGAAAGCCUAGAUGUACACCUUGUGCCAUCCCAUUCUCUUGUGGUUACAGAACCAGGACCAAAAAAAAAAAAGAGAAAGAGCUUGUCUUUCUGAUUUUUAAUUUUUACAUGGCAGGGGCAAAUGGGGUUGCAAAAUAUGCAAAACGGUCUUGCAUUGUACGAUUUGGUUGGCUCUUUUGGGAUUUAAGGCAUAAUAAAUACCAAAUGUCGCCGGAGGACUUGGAGCUCAGGAAGAGUGCAGCUAGCCCCACAGUGGACUAUCUCUUCUAUUUUGUUGUUAUUAAAAACACCAUACUUCUUAUUUUUAACCACUUUAAGCUUUCUCACAAAUGAACUAAAAGAAACAAUUGAAAAGCCCAUUUAACUGUUGCCUAUGUUCAAGUUGCGUUUGCUUCCUCGUGUGUCUGUUUAUUUAUUGUUUUGCUUAAUACAAAUUUAUUCUGUA